CCUGUGUUUUCUGAGCGUUCCUCUAAUGUAAGAGAGCCGUACACUAACAUCUGACCAUGUCUUGGGUCUUCUGGAGGUUUUUGUGUUUAUUUCUUAUACACUGUGUGUCUUCAGACGCUUCAGUCGUGUGGUUGUUUUCUUCAUGAUGAUGAUGAUGAUGUCAUGGGAUUCUUCAGUCUUUCUCAAGAGUCAUGAUGCCAGUCAGGUUCUGAGCCGUCAGCGACGUGCCAACACUAUAUUUGAGGAGAUGAAGAAAGGAAAUAUGGAGCGUGAGUGUGUUGAGGAGCGAUGCAGUUUCGAGGAGGCCAGAGAGAUCUUUGAGGACGUUGAUAAGACGAAUGAGUUUUGGCAUGUAUAUUUUGAUGGAGAUGCAUGUUUGUCUCAGCCGUGUCUCAACGGUGGCGUGUGUAAAGAUGUGAUCGGACCGUACACCUGUUACUGUCCCGCUGGGUUUAAAGGACAAAGCUGUGAGAUCGUCAUUCCAGAGCUGUGCGAGUCUGAAAAUGGAGGCUGUGAACAUUUCUGUUCAGUGAAACAGAAAAAUGUCGUCUGUUCUUGCGCCGACGGCUACAAGCUGGGAUCUAACGGGAAGUCGUGUCAGUCCGACGAUCCAUUCAGAUGCGGUUUUGUGUAUCCUUCGAAGACCAGAAGCAUCUUUAUGUACACACCAAACAACACUGACACUGAAGAUCCUGAGGAGCCAAAUGUUGAAACUGAAAAUGAAAUGACCUCAGCUGUCAAUCACACGAGCAUCUUCGGAUUAAUCGAUGAAGAGAUCGCGAAUCCAGUCGAGGAAGAGCCGAUCUUACCAGAAUCGUCAGGGGAUACGAGAAUCGUGAACGGAGUGGAGUGUCCUCCAGGAGAAUGUCCGUGGCAGGCUCUUCUCAUUAAUGAAAAUAACAUCGGCUUCUGUGGAGGAACCAUCUUAAAUGAGUACUUCAUCCUAUCGGCUGCUCACUGUAUGAAUCAGUCUCUCUCUACUAGAGUGGUUGUAGGUGAAUUCGACACGCUGGUCAACGAGGGUCGUGAAGCCAUUCACAACAUAGAUAAAAUUCUGGUUCACAAGAACUACGUUCCUGAAACGUACCACAACGACAUCGCCCUCAUCAAACUCAACGAGUCCAUAAAAUUUACCAAAUACAUCAUCCCAGCCUGCUUACCCCAGCACGACUUCGCCGAGCGUGUGCUGAUGCGUCAGGAGGACGGGAUGGUCAGCGGGUUCGGACGUCUGCGCGAGGGCGGCCUUCCAUCUACCAUUCUGCAAAAGUUGACCGUGCCGUAUGUUGACCGAGCGGUGUGCAUCGAGUCGAGCAGUUUUAAAAUCUCCCUGCGCAUGUUCUGCGCAGGAUACGAUCAGGAGGCCAAAGACGCCUGUCAGGGUGACAGCGGCGGGCCGCACGUGACGCGCUUUAAAAACACGUGGUUCGUCACAGGUGUGGUGAGCUGGGGCGAGGGCUGCGCGAGGAAGGGCAAAUAUGGCGUCUACACGCAGGUGUCCAAGUACAUCAAAUGGAUCCAAAAUGCCAUCAGUAAAUUUAUGCCAGAGACAGAAUCUUUUGUAAAGCCGAAAGCCAAGAGAGAUCUGUUGGGAAGGAUACCUGUCUGGAGAGUCUGAUGUUAAAAGUCUGAUGUGUAAAUCAUUUGUCUUUGUAAUCUUUCAACAAAUGUAAAAAAUCUUCCUAUUAUAAAGAGCCGACCGCUCAGUUCAUUGAAUAUUCUGUUGUGGGAUGUGAAUGUCUCGUCUCAUAUAUUGAUUAAUACAACACAGAAUGUCUUUCAGUAAUUCAGUUUCUUCAAUAUUGUGAUAUUAAAUGCACUUCAAGUCAAAUGUAUGUCCUGAUAAGAAAUAAACGUUAAAAGCUUUUCA